AUGGCAGCACAUCCAAUAGUGGUAGCUGGGAUAAGGCGCAGGAUUGGGAAUGGUGAGACAACUCUGAUUUGGGGACACCCAUGGCUCCAGGAUAAUCCAAGCCCUUUGGUACAAACAAUUAUGCCUGAGGAGUUAAGAGAAGCACGAGUAGCAGGUUUGAUUGACUCACAAACACGAACAUGGGAUCCACAUAUAUUAUCUGAUUUAUUUAUCCCUGAGGAUGUGAGCAAAAUAGUUAAAAUUCCUGUUAGCCCUGAUUAUGAUGACUCAUGGUACUGGAUGGGUGACCCAAAAGGAAUUUAUUCAGUAAAGAAUGCCUACAGGCGUAUUAUUGGUGAUUAUGAGAAUAACCCAGGUGAUUUUGAUAAAUGGGUUAGGAUGUGGAAAUUGAAAGUACCACCAAAGUGGAAGACUUUAUUAUGGAGAGUAGUAUGUGAUAUUUUACCCACUACCACGAAUUUAAUUAAUAAGAGGGUGGAGAUUGACCCGGUUUGUCCUAUGUGCAUGAUGACUAAUGAAGAUGUGUUGCAUGCGUUAGUAUAUUGUGAAUAUUCUGUAUUAGUUUGGAAUAUAACACGAUUACCCAUCACAAACAUUGUUACAGAUUCGUUUGCAGCAUGGCUAGCUGGGGCUAUGGCAAUUUUAACGGAGGAGCAAACACAGCUUUUGGUGGGCGUUUUAUACAAUAUUUGGAGAGGCCGCACGUGUGGAAAGGGGCCAUGUCACGGCCGCAGGCUAUUGUGA